CUCCUCUCUGUGAUAUCGCGAUAGUUGCCACCGGAGCACGGAGCUAUCGCUGAGCAACAUGGCGGAAGAGGAGGUGGCCAAGCUGCAGAAGCACCUGGCCCUGCUCAGGCAGGAGUACGUGAAGAUGCAGCAGAAGCUGGCCGACACAGAGCGGCGCUGCGCCGUGCUCGCCGCUCAGACGUCCGGACAGGGCGCGUCCAGCCCUGCGGCUGCAGACACCUUCAUCAGCCGCCUGCUGGACAUCGUGGCCGACCUCUACCAGCAGGAACAGUACAGCGAUCUGAAAGUGAAAGUGGCGGGAGAGAGUCUCAGCGCACAUAAGUUUGUGUUGGCGGCUCGCAGUGACGUCUGGAGUCUGUCCAACCUGGCGUCCACCUCUGAACUGGACCUGUCAGAUUGCAAACCUGAAGUUGCCAUGGCGAUGUUGCGCUGGGCGUACACGGACGAGUUGGAGCUCACUGAAGAUGACGCCUUCCUUAUCGACUUGAUGAAGCUCGCCAACCGUUUCCAGCUGCAGCUGCUCAGAGAGAGGUGUGAAAAAGGCGUCAUGUCCUCGGUGAAUGUCAGGAACUGCAUCCGCUUCUAUCAAACCGCCGAAGAGCUGAACGCCACCACGCUGAUGAACUACUGCGGGGAGAUCAUCGCCAGUCACUGGGACGAUCUGAGGAAAGAAGAUUUCAGCACCAUGAGCGCUCAGCUGCUCUACAAGAUGAUCAAGUCAAAAACAGAGUAUCCGCUCCACAAAGCCAUCAAGGUGGAGCGGGAAGACGUCGUCUUUCUCUAUCUCAUCGAGAUGGACUCGCAGCUGCCCGGGAAGCUGAAUGAACUGGACAAUAACGGGGACCUGGCGCUGGACCUGGCGCUGGCUCGUAAACUGGAAAGCAUCGCCACCACGCUGGUGAACAGCAAAGCGGACGUGGACAUGGUGGACCAGAGCGGCUGGAGCCUCCUGCACAAAGCCAUCCAGAGAGGUGAUGAGUUUGCCUCCGUCUUCCUGAUUCGUCACUCGGCUCAGGUGAACGCCGCCACAGUGGGGGCGGUGGAAACCCCGCUUCACCUGGUCUGUUCCUUCAGCCCCAAGAAACACUCUGCGGACGUGAUGAGUGGCAUGGCGCGCAUCGCAGAGGCUCUGCUGAAGACCGGAGCCAACCCCAACAUGCAGAACAGCAAGGGCAGAACUCCGCUGCAUGAAGCCGUGGCGUCGGGGAACGAGCCCGUGUUCAACCAGCUGCUGCAGUGCAAACAGCUCGACCUGGAGCUCAAGGACCACGAGGGCAGCACGGCUCUGUGGCUCGCCCUGCAGUACAUCACCGUGUCUUCAGACCCCUCGGUGAACCCGUUUGAGGACGACGCUCCGGUCGUAAACGGCACCUCGUUUGACGAGAACAGUUUUGCAGCCCAGCUCAUCCAGAGAGGAAGCAACCCUGACGCGCCUGACACGAGCACAGAAAACUGCCUGAUGCAGAGAGCAGCUCGGGCCGGCAAUGAGGCAGCAGCACUUUUCCUCGCCACUCACGGAGCAAAGGUCAACCACGUCAACAAAUGGGGUGAGAGCCCGCUGCACACGGCGUGUCGCUGUGGCCUGGCGAGCCUGACGGCGGAGCUGCUGCAGCAGGGCGCCAACCCCAACCUGCAGACCCAGAAGGCUCUGCCUGACGAGAGCGUCAGCGUGGCUCUGCAGACGCCCCUCCACAUGGCCAUCGCUCACAACCACCCAGACGUGGUCUCUGUCAUCCUGGAGCAGAAAGCUAACGCACUUCAUGCCACCAACAACUUCCAGAUCAUUCCAGACUUCAGUCUCAAGGACUCUGUGGACCAGACGGUGCUGGGCUUGGCCCUGUGGACAGGCAUGCACACCAUCGCAGCUCAGCUGCUGGGCUCAGGAGCUUCUAUCAACGACACCAUGUCCACGGGACAGACGCUGCUGCACAUGGCCAUCCAGAGACAGGACAGCAAGAGCGCCCUCUUCCUUCUCGAGCACCAGGCGGACAUCAACGUUCGGACCCAGGAGGGACAAACAGCUCUGCAGCUGGCCAUCAGUAACCAGCUGCCGCUGGUGGUGGACGCCAUCUGCACGAGAGGAGCCGACAUGUCCGUGGUGGACGACAAAGGGGACCCUCCUCUGUGGCUGGCUCUGGAGAACGGCCUGGAAGACAUCGCGUCCACGCUGGUGCGUCACGGCUGCGACGCGACGUGUUGGAGCUCGGGGCCGUCCGGCUGCCAGCAGACCCUCCUGCACAGAGCUGUGGAUGAGAAUAACGAGGUCUCUGCCUGCUUCCUCAUCCGCAGUGGUUGUGAUGUGAACAGCAGCAGACGGCCGGGCCCAAACGGAGAAGGAGACGAAGAAGCCCGAGAUGGACAGUCGCCCCUCCACCUGGCGGGCAGCUGGGGUCUGGAGGAGGUGGUGCAGUGCCUUCUAGAGUUUGGAGCGAAUGUUAAUGCGCAGGAUGCAGAGGGCAGAGCUCCCAUCCACGCUGCCAUUAGCAACCAGCACAACGUCAUCAUCCAGCUCCUCAUUUCCCAUCCGGACAUUCGUCUCAACAUUCGCGACCGUCAAGGAAUGACGCCCUUCGCCUGCGCCAUGACGCACAAGAACAACAAGGCGGCAGAGGCGAUCCUGAAGAGGGAGCCGGGAGCUGCUGAGCAGGUGGACAACAAAGGACGUAACUUCCUCCACGUGGCGGUGCAGAAUUCAGACAUUGAAAGCGUCCUGUUCCUCAUCAGCGUCCAAGCUAACGUGAACUCCAGAGUUCAGGAUGCCGCCAAACUCACCCCGCUGCACCUGGCGGUCCAGGCCGGAUCCGAGAUCAUCGUCCGCAACCUGCUGCUCGCCGGAGCCAAAGUAAACGAGCUGACCAAACACAGACAGACAGCGCUGCAUCUGGCCGCCCAGCAGGACCUGGCCACCAUUUGUUCUGUGCUGCUGGAGAACGGAGUCGACUUCGCUGCUGAGGACGAGAACGGCAACAAUGCUCUGCACCUGGCUGUGAUGCAGGGCCGCCUUAACAAUGUCAGAACUCUUCUCACAGAGUCCAACAUCGACGCUGAAGCCUUCAAUCUCAGGGGUCAGUCACCGAUGCACGUACUCGGCCAUUAUGGAAAAGAGAACGCCGCCGCCAUUUUUGAGUUGUUCCUGGAGUGCAUGCCUGAAUACCCUUUGGACAAACCCGACAAUGAGGGGAACACAGUUCUGCUCCUGGCUUACAUGAAAGGAAACGCAAACCUGUGCCGCGCCAUCGUGAGGGCCGGGGCUCGACUGGGCAUCAACAACAAUCAGGGCAUCAACAUUUUCAACUACCAAGUUGCAACCAAACAGUUGCUCUUCCGCCUUCUAGAUAUGCUGUCCAAAGAGCCCCCUUGGUGUGAUGGGUCCAACUGCUAUGAAUGUGUCGCCAAGUUUGGUGUUACUACACGGAAACAUCACUGCCGCCACUGUGGGCGCCUGUUGUGCCACAAGUGCUCUAUAAAGGAAAUCCCCAUCAUCAAGUUUGACCUGAACAAGCCGGUGAGGGUGUGCGACAUCUGCUUCGAUGUACUGACUCUGGGUGGGGUGUCGUAAUGCCGCGGCCCGGGUCUCCUCCACCCUCGCGGUUCUUCGGGCGCACCAGGAGAAGGGACGUCAGUAGCAGGACAGUUAUGGACCAUCACCUUUAUACUAUUCCAGUCUAAGAAAAAAAAGCAUUAAUGUUCUAGAGGGACGUUUCAGAUAGAGAGUGAGACAUCGUCUUUUUGUUUUGGUCUUAAAGUGGAUAGAGGACAGACGCGCUCCGGCUCCAUGACGGCUGGACUCUUUGUUAAUCAGUUUGUUUCAAUUCAAUGAUUUAAAUCAAAUUCUCUGUUGGGAUAUUUCACCGUCAGCAGCCUUUAUGCUCUGACCAAAGACAGAAAUUCAUUGCUCUGCUUUUGAACAAAAGCAGAGCAAACGUGUUUAAGAGCCCCAAAAUCACUAAAUCUCUGUAAUCUUUCCCUCUUCUGUCACCCCGACUCGGACCGGAUCCAGCAGGACAGACGAGGAGGAUUUAAAGGGAAAGCAACUUUUGUUCUAACAAACGAGCAUCGAACCUGUUAGAUCCAAAAAUAAAACGCUGACUACGUUUACAUGCACACAAAAAAAGACAAUAAUCCUGCUAAGCUGUUUACACGGCGAAUGGAAACAAAUAUUCCACUAAAACUCCUGUUUACAUGCAGACGUGCACAGCGAGCGGGCAAAACUUUAUUUAUUCAGGUGGGAGCGCAAUGUGCUGCAUAAAGUGCGAGGCACAAAACAAAGCCAGCAUCUGAGCAUAAAAACAAAUCAAAUCAUUAAAAUUAAAACAAAGAACUUAAAAAGAUU